AUGGUAGCGACCACGGCUCUGACUGCCCAGGAUACCACGGCCGUUUAUGAUAUCCAUCAUGUUCCGUCAGAGUUUGUUGCCAAGCAGAUUGAAAUCUGCCUCAAGGACAUCGGGACCGAUGCUGUAAAGAUCGGUAUGCUCGCCUCGGAAAAGACCACGAAAGCCGUUGCCGAAACGUUAAAGUCACACGACGUCAAGAACAUUGUCUUAGACCCUGUCAUGAUCUCCACCAGCGGUAGCCAACUGUUGCCGGAUCAAGCCGUCAAGACCCUCGCAGACACUCUCCUGCCCCAGGCGACUGUCCUCACUCCCAACAUCCCGGAGGCCAAGCUGCUUGCCCAAGUAAUUCAGGAUGAUGCAGCGCCCGGAGACAUCGAGAGUGUCGAAGACAUCGAGAAGAUGGCCGAGAAGAUACGUUCUCUUGGGCCUAAGUGGGUGUUGCUCAAGGGUGGCCACCUUCCAUUGACUAAGGACCUUACGAUAGCACAACCAGGUGUGGAAGGCAAAGAGCCUCGAUACGUCAUUGAUGUUCUUUGCGGCGAGGGCCAGAUCAUUCGUAUCCAGAGUGAUUACCAGGAGUCUCAGAAUACCCAUGGGACUGGGUGUACUCUUGCCUCGGCCAUCGCAUCCAAUCUAUCGACGCAGAUGGAUGUCCCCAAGGCCGUUCACGCGGCUUGCCGAUACGUCCAACCCGCUAUUGCCACAGCGCCGGGAUAUGGCAAGGGCCACGGACCUUUGAACCAUUUCCAUAGCAUGUUCCAGCUUCCUUUCUCCCGUGGCUAUUUCAUCGAGUACCUGCUUUCACGGGAAGAUGUGAAGCCCGUCUGGGAUGCCUUCGUCCACCACCCCUUCGUCAUGGCUCUGGGUAACGGAACCCUACCUCUUGAAUCGUUCAAGGGGUAUAUUAUUCAAGACUACCUCUACCUGAUCCACUUCGCUCGGGCUCAUGCCUUGGCCGCGUAUAAAGCGACCAACAUCAAAACCAUAUCUAGGUCUAACGAGAUUGUCGGGCACAUCUUCCAUGAGAUCAAGCUUCACAUCGAAUACUGCAGGACGUUUGACAUCUCGACUGACGAAAUUGAGAGCACUCCAGAGAAGCAAGCUUGCACGGCAUAUACGAGGUUUCUGCUCGAUAUCGGCCACAGCCAGGACCUCCUUGCACUCCAAGUCGCUUUGGCUCCUUGCACUUUGGGGUACGGAGCGGUGGCCAAGAUGCUAUACAGUCACCCAGACACUAAAAAGGCCGACCAAGAUAAUAUAUACUGGGCUUGGAUAGAGAACUACGUAGCGGACGACUACGUCGAGGCUGUGAGGCUAGCGUCUGAACAACUCGAGGACGAGAUAGGCCGCCAGACCCCGGAGAGGAUAGAAGAGUUGGUCAAGAUCUUCAUUCAUGGGACGCAACUUGAGAUUGGAUUCUGGGAGAUGUUCCCUAGUCAAUAG